AUGGCCAACAACCAGCAGACGGAACAACCAUGUCAGCCAAACGACUCCGACCCCGGCAGUGCGUUCAGUUUCUCCCCCAUCCAGGCCAUACGCGCGGUGCCCCAUCUGUGGGACCGCAAGCCCUCCACCCCUUUGGCCGGGCCCAAGAAGACGCGCAAGUUGUGGAAGCGCUUUCGCUCGUCAUUCACCAGCAUGAAAAACCUUGUCGCGGCCGAAGACAAUAAUACGCAGAGAACAACAGACGCGAGCUAUCCGCGUGGCGUGAAGCGCUUAUGUAUUGGUCCCGAUGGCGCGGGGGAUGACACCGAUAGUGCGAUCGAACAGCGGGGGAGGUCGUUUCUAGAAACGAAAUGGGAGUCGGAUGUGACGCGCAAGAGACGUAAACUCCCAGAUGGGCCGCUUGCUAUACAUGAGGACCAUGCAGCUCAGCCGGACCUCAAUGACGUGAAUGGUGACGAAGUUAAUAAGGUCCUCCGCGAGGUCCAGGUUGGAGCGACUAUGAACGCUUCACCUCGACCCUUCAGCAUUCUGGAUGGAUUUCCGAAACAUUCGAUAUACGAUAAGGUGAUGGAUGCUGAGAAUCUGGAUCCGAUAGUCUCGGAGGCAAAACCCACGGACGACCUACAAUCUGGACCAUCUGAUACAAAUCAGCACACACCGAUCGAAAAUGCACGAGCAAACGAAACUACAGCCGUACAGGACUUGACGCAAGAACAAGAGGGCACUCUCGUGCGUUCUGCACUGCGGAGCAGUCUCGACGGGGAGGAUGCAGAGCUUCUCAAUGACUUCCUGUCCAGAGCCAAGGCCAAGCGGGCAGCGAAGGCGGCAUUGAUGAAAUCCCAAGGGAUUGAGGCCGUUGACAACUCGUCAAGCCCGGAUGAGUCUCCCGAAGCGGAAUGCUCGACACCGCGCUCGCGCCGCGCAUUAGAGGCGUUGGACACCAAUUCGCCCUCUCCGAUCAAGAUGCACCCUUCACCCAGCAAAGAUGGUUCUCCUCCAUCUACUGUGGAGAUGCAAGAGGGCCAAAGAGAAGCGCAGGUCAACGAGGAUCCAGCUCCUGCCAGCUCUGUACCCCGACGAAGCACACGCGCAAAGACCCCUGCUGGGAACGGCCCUACCGCGCGCAAUACCAUCGCUCUGCGCCGGGCCAAGGGGACCGAGUUUGUAUUUCUACAGCGGACUGAGGCUCAGGAGUUGGCCUUGGCUACAAGGCGGAAUACUCGACACAACAAGGGUAGCUCUGUGAUGCCCAAGUACGCGCUUGAGGCCCUCGCCCAGCAACAACAGAACGAUGAGACCGACAGCAACAACUCUUCUUCUAGAGGUUCAGAUCGCAAGGGUGCUCACAGCAAACUCCCGGCUAAGCCUCGUAAGAAUGUUGCAUGGAAUGAUGAGCGAUUGGCCGAGUAUGAGGACGAUCCUGUGGACGAUGCCGAGGAAGAAGCGGAGGGUGACAAUUCCAAGCCUGACGUUGACGGUGCAUCUCGACUGCGUUCGGGCACGAAACGGCCUGACAAACGUCCGUCGUCUACUGGAGGGCGCCGCAGUCGCAGCCAGACCCAGCAAAUUGCAGAAGUCAGUGAGGGCUCUGACAGCCUGCCCACCGCGCCGCCUGCUAUUGCUGCUAGCACUACCCCGCGGUCACGACGAGUGCGACGUCUGGACUCGGGCUCGAUGCGGUCUGGCACCCCAGUGAAGACUGGCAGUCGCAGCACGUCCAGCACAAACAAGCGUCCCACCACCGCCGCCUCCUCAACUGCUGCUGCUUCAGGGUCCCCGUCCACACCAACCAAAGGCCGCCGCAAGCUCACGCCCAAGUCCCCCCGCUCGUCUCUGCUUCCCGCUCCGUCUUCCAAGAGUACCAACGGAACCACUACUGCCUCGGAGCAUUCAUUUGUCAGUGGCAUCCCACGCAGCACCAGCACCAAGAGCUUCGCGCCCGCUGCUCCGGCCGAGGGCACUAAGCGCCAGAUCAGCGCGGGAUCGACACCCAUGCCUCGCCGGGUUCGAGCGAGGCCGUGA